AUGGGCAUGGCAGAUAAUACUGGCAAUGACAUUGUUGUAUAUGUUAGUAAUACACUUGGAGAGCUUCCUGAUCAUCUGCUAAUAGAAAUAUUCAUCAGAAUACCGUUCGUGGAAUGGGUCCAGUUGGCUUGUGUAAGAAAGCAGUGGGCUGAUAUAUUUCGUGGGGAAUGCUUGUGGCAAGCUGCUAUUAUCAGAACAUUUCCCUUUGCUGCUCUAACUAAAAGAUGGCCUGGGCCGAUACCCCAAGGGUUGAGCAAACGGAGAUAUGCGGCUUUGCAUGUAAGUAAACACAUCUUUGGCAAGAUCGACGAAAUUGUGGGUCAUACUUACUUGUUCCUCAGAGAGCAACUUGAACGUUCGCAUGUGCCACCUCCCUCUGGCAUACUUCACGGAACAAUAAUAGAUCAGUUCAUUGCCUGUGGAAAUUCCAGAGAUACCGCUCAUGAGCUUGCUUCACAAAUCUGGUUGGCCGUUCUUGACAAUCUGGAGGAAAAUGAGCACACUUUCCAGUUACUUAAAUGCCUUGCACAUGAAGGGGAUGUUUUCCUUCCUUAUCCAUACACGAAAUCCGUAAAGGUACAGUGGAGGGUGUUUGAGAAGCUGUUCACCGAUUUCCGCGAUUGUUUCAAUCAUUCGGAGUAUUAUGAGGCCCUGGCCUGUGCAAAGAGCAGUACCAAUUCAACAUUGUCCGCAAUGCAAUUAGUAUCACAUGAUAGUCAUAACGAAGACAUUUCAGAAAGUGAACCCAUCUUGUCCCAUUCUGAUACUUCACCACAGGUUGAUGGAUCAUCCUCUUCACGUGAUAUCACUACAUUAGAACGAGAUAGUGAUGUCCAUGGCGAUGAUUUCCAAAGUGUUUUCAUAGAUGAAACUUGCCUUCUGGUCAACUCGGACCAGCCACAAUGCCGUAUAUGCCUUGAUUGUGAAGGUGAUGACUUAAUAGCUCCAUGUCAUUGCAAAGGCACUCAAAAGUAUGUCCAUAGAUCAUGUCUAGAUAAUUGGAGGUCCACAAAGGAGGGCUUUGCUUUUGCUCACUGUACUGAGUGCCGGGCGUUAUUUGUACUGCGUGCAAAUGUUCCUCCUGACCGCUGGUGGUUGAGAUUGAAAUUUCAGUUCCUUGUUGCCCGGGACCACGCGUUCAUUUUUAUUGCUGUUCAGCUGAUUGUUGCUAUUUUGGGGGUUCUGGUGUACAGAUUUUAUGGAGAGGAACUCAGAGAAAUGUUUGGCUACGAAGAGCAUCCUUAUGGAUUUUACACUAUGGGGGUUUUGGCUAUUGUCCUUGUGGGCUUGCUCUAUGGUUUCUUCAUUGCCAUAAUAUGUGGUCAAAGGAUUAACGAGCGCCAUUAUCAUGUCCUUGCCAAACAGGAGCUAACAAAGGAAUACGUGGUGGAAGACCGAGACGCAAGCAAGAAUGUGACUGAACUUGAUCCAAGCCACGUUACAGAGCUCCAGAUGUUAGGCCUCUUCUAA